GGAGAAAAAGAGAGGGGAGAGGGAGAAAACCCAAGUCCCAAACACCGUCCAGAUGUCGAAGAAACGCAAAACCCCCGAAGGGGGAGGAUCCGGCCUCCCUGAGGAGGAACCCAAAACCCAGUUGGGGGACAGCGAGGAGCAAGGAACAAACUCAAAAAGUACUUUUGUGGCACAGAAAUGCCUGAUGCAGCGCACUCUGCAGCAGUUAACUGGUUUGACAGAUGAAAAAGUGAAGGCCUAUCUUUCUCUUCACCCCCAGGUACUGGAUGAAUUUGUAUCAGAAAGUGUAAGUGCUGAAACAGUGGAAAAAUGGCUGAGAAGGAAACACAACACAGAGGAAGAUGCUUCAACUCCUAAGCAUGUCACAAGGUACCAGAAUUCUGAUAUGCAAGGAGUGGUCUGUGAUCUGAACAACUACAUAGAACAGCGGUUGGAUGUAGGAGGGAACAAUCAACUGCUCUUAUAUGAAUUGAGUAGCAUCAUUCGAAUGGCUACAAAUGCGGAUGGAUUUGCACUGUAUUUCCUGGGUGACUGUAAUAAUAGUCUUUGUGUGUUCACACCACCGGGAGUAAAGGAUGGACAACCACAGCUUGUUCCUGUAGGACCCGUUCAACUUGGCACCACAGUAUCUGCACAUGUAGCCAAAUCUAGGAAAACGUUAUUGGUAGAAGAUAUUUUGGGGGAUGAGCGGUUUCCCAAAGGUACUGGCCUGGAAACAGGGACUCAUAUCAAGUCUGUGCUUUGUUUGCCAAUUGUUACUGCAGUUGGUGACUUGAUAGGUAUCUUGGAACUUUAUCGACAUUGGGGCAACGACACUUUCCAUGUCAGUCAUCAAGAGGUUGCAACAGCGAAUCUUUCAUGGGCCUCAGUAGCACUACAUCAAGUAGAGUAUUCCAAAUAUUCUGAUCAGGUAUCCAGAGGCCUUGCCAAACAGACUGAACUGAAUGACUUCCUGCUUGAUGUAUCAAAGACAUAUUUUGAUAAUAUAGUCGCAAUAGAUGCUCUACUUGAACAUAUCAUGAUAUAUGCAAAAAACCUGGUGAAUGCAGACCGCUGUGCACUCUUCCAGGUAGAUCAGAAGAACAAGGAAUUAUAUUCAGACCUAUUUGAUAUUGGGGAGGAACAGGAAGGGAAACCUAUCUUCAAGAAGACAAAAGAAAUAAGAUUUUCUAUUGAAAAAGGAAUAGCUGGUCAGGUAGCAAGAACAGGUGAAGUCCUCAACAUCCCUGAUGCCUAUGCAGAUCCACGUUUUAACAGAGAGGUAGAUCUCUACACAGGCUAUACCACCAGGAACAUUUUAUGCAUGCCUAUCGUGAGCCGAGGAAGUGUAAUAGGCGUUGUGCAGAUGGUGAACAAACUAAGUGGAAGUGCCUUCUCUAAAACUGAUGAGAACAACUUUAAAAUGUUUGCAGUCUUUUGUGCUUUAGCUUUGCACUGUGCUAAUAUGUACCACAGAAUUCGCCAUUCAGAGUGUAUUUACCGUGUAACUAUGGAGAAGCUUUCUUAUCACAGUGUUUGUACAGCAGAAGAAUGGAGAAACCUCAUGGACUGUAAGCUCCCACCACUCCUCUGCAAAGAAAUUGAACUAUUCCACUUUGACAUCAGUCCUUAUGAGGAUUUCUGGCCAGCCAUUUUUGUCCAUAUGAUCCAUCAGUGUUGUGGGAUAGGCUGGAGGAAAAGAAGGGAAGAGGCUAUGAACACAGAAGAUGCUAUGAUGUCAGCAUUGAGCCUUUAUGUGGAAGCUGAUGUUUUGGAGGAAGGUUUUGAACUAGAAAAGCUAUGUCGUUUCACUAUGUCUGUAAAGAGGAACUACCGCCGAGUCCCCUAUCACAACUGGAAGCAUGCAAUUACGGUAGCACAUUGCAUGUAUGCCAUUCUUCAGAAUAACCACAGAGUUUUCACAGAGAUAGAGAGAAGAGGUCUUCUGGUUGCAUGUUUAUGUCAUGACCUGGAUCACAGGGGUUACAGCAACAGCUAUCUUCAGAAGUUUGAUCAUCCAUUGGCAGCUCUUUAUUCCACCUCAACCAUGGAACAACACCAUUUCUCACAGACAGUAUCAAUUUUGCAGCUUGAAGGCCACAAUAUUUUCUCUAAUUUGAGCUCCAGUGAAUAUGAGCAAGUCCUAGAAAUCAUCCGCAAAGCCAUCAUUGCUACAGAUCUUGCUCUGUACUUUGGAAACCGGAAACAGCUGGAAGAGCUGCAUCAGACAAGAUCACUGAACCUUAAAAACCAAGCACAUAGGGAUCGUGUGAUUGGGUUGAUGAUGACAGCUUGUGACUUGUGUUCUGUGACAAAAUUGUGGCAUGUUACCAGAUUGACAGCCAGUGAUAUAUAUGCAGAGUUUUGGGCGGAGGGUGAUGAAAUGAAGAAGUUAGGCAUUCAACCUAUUCCCAUGAUGGAUAGAGACAAGAAAGAUGAAGUUCCUCAGGGCCAAAUUGGGUUUUACAGUGCUGUAGCCUUGCCAUGUUACACUACGCUCUCUCAGAUCCUCCCUCCCACAGGGUCACUGCUUAGAGCAUGCAGGGAAAAUCUCAAACAAUGGGAAAAAGUGAUACGAGGAGAAGAAGCUUAUGGAUGGAUACCCACCCAGACAAAUAGCACUGCAUCGGAUUCACUACCUGUGAAGAUUGAUGGUUGAUCCACAUUAAAAAAAAAAAUUGAAGACCCACCCUCCCCCUUUUUAGGUUUUUAAAAGGAUAAACACUGCAAAUGCUAACUGGGAAGACUGUGUGCAAAUUUCUUUCUUUGGUGAGACAGUGUGAACAGAGAGAGACUGACUGACAAUUCAACUAUUUCAGAAUCAGCUAUCAAAGCAAAUGUUUGGCUUGUAUAUAAAAGACUGGAUUUUUUAUGGGCUACUUUGCUGAGGCCUUAAGUUAAAAUUCCUGGAUGGGGAGGGCAAGUCUUAGGGAUUGCUUUUAAAUUGUGUCUUCAUACUAGUGAGGCAAGGUGGCAUUUCAAUGGUACUUUUAUUAUACUAUACUGUGGCUGGUUUUAAUACCAGUUUCACUAGAGUAGUUCUUGGCUAUAAAUAGGGCAUUUUCAAAUUGCUUUUGUGAAUGUUUUUGUUUGAUCUUUGUGUAAUCAGUGUGAACUCCAGAAGAAAAUCUCUGGGGCUGAAAUUUAUCAUUGAGUUUACAGUACUUGAAUUUUUCUUGCUGCAAACAGGGGGAAUUUAACUUCCAGAUAGAAGACUCCAAAAAUCAUUUUAUUAACAUUGUAGGGCAAUUGCUUAAUUGCACACAAUAGACAUGUGAAAGGAUAUAAUGUAUGGUUCUUCAAAGUGAUUUCAUAAGCUAGAGAAUGUGUCUACACUGGAAAUAAUAGAAUAUUUACCUCUGGUAAGGAGAGAUAUAAGUAUCUCAUCAGGUACCCGAGGGCCUUCCUGUCAGCAUUAGUAAAAGUAAAAUGCUGAAUUUCAAAUGUGGCUAGAGAUCUCUCAAGUAAAUAAACCAGUCAAUUUAUAUUUUUGCAAAUAUUUGAGAAACAUGCCUCCAAAUCCCAACUAUCCCACCAAAAACAGGAUAUUCUAGACAAAGUCAUAUUUAUUAGAAGUCAUAAUGGUACAUUCAUAACAAAUAAAACAGAUGUUCUCAGUAGCUUUUGUGUUGCUCAUCUAGUACUAUUGUGCCCUUCUUAUUGAUGCUUCAAAUAAUUUGGAACUUUCCUUAAAAAUAUUCUUGUCUAAUCUUGUAAGCAGAUUGACUGCUGAACAAGAGCUGAUUUGGAAACCAUUGAAUACUGUGAAUGAAGGUCUGUGCUGAGUUGGGCCUAUGUUCUGCAAAUAAUUACAUUAUGUGAAGCAUGUGUAUACCUCUUUGCAGAAUUUAGUUAUAGACCUGGUGCAAAUAUUUUAACUUUAAUAGAGUUUUAUAGGGUAUAUAAAUAAGCCAUGGGGUUGAAUCUUAGCACCACUGACCUCAAUGUGAGUUCUGCUGUUGACUUGAAUAGAUAUUGUUUUCCUUUGCCCUUUUUCUUGUGCCAAUUCCCACAAAUCUCCCAAGUGUAUAGAGUCUAUAGGGAGCAAGAUUGUACCUGCCUUUGAGUCUGGCCACAAUUCAUGUACUGGACAUAACAUUUAAGAUGCGUGAAAAGUUACUGUGAGACUAUCUAAAUGCAGGUUGAUAUCUGUGAACUCUGUGAAU